AUGGGCGACGGGCGCACCACCGCGCGCGUCAGCCCGUACGCGCGGAAGCCCGUCUACAGGCUCACGACGACGAUGGGGAAGCAAACGCUGUCGACGCGAAAGACGUCGUUCGGCGACGGCGUCCCGUUCGGGAAGGGCACGCGAGACGCGUUCGAUAAGGUGUACCUCAGCGCGGAGCACGCGAAGUGCACGCCGUCGAACUUAUCGCCGGGGCCGGCGUACACCCUGAGCGGGUGCAUCGGCGAGGUGAUCGACGCGAGGUAUCCGACGAUGCCGAGCCCGAAAUUCCCGUCGAGCGACCGAAACAAGCUCGGGACGACGCGCGACUCGAUGCACGUCCUCGACCCGUGCGCGAAGAAGGGCAUCUCGCCGCCGGGACCCGGGAAGUACGAGCUCGCUCCCGCGGUCGGCGCGCAGGUGGACUCCACGAAACACUCGCGCCCGCGCCACAGCUUGCCGCGGUCGACGCGCGAGCAGGCGCAGGGGCUCUACGACGCGGCGACGUCGAAAUAUAACUCGGCGGGGAACGCGUGGUCGCCCGCGGCGAAGUACGCGACCGUCUCCUCCGUCGGCCCGCAGCCUGAGAGCGUCAAGCGGACGGCGCCCGCGGCCGCGUUCGCGAAGGGCGGGCGGUGGAGCUCGGACAAAAACGCGGCGCAGCGCCCGGGCCCGGACAGGUACACGCUCCCGUCGGGAGGCGUCGGAAAACAAACCGCCGACUACGGCGCGACGAAGAAGGUCACCGAGCCGACGGCGAUCUUCGGGACGCUGAAGCGGGACCAGAGGGAUAAGGUCAUGGGCGGGACCGUGGGGAUGUUGAGUCCGGGGCCGUGCGGGUCGCACGCGACGCCGAGGAGCUGCGUCGGGCGGCAGAGCAGCAGCAGGGAGCCGACGUCGCCGACGGUGAAAUUCGGGACGUCGACGCGGGAACCGAAGCUCGAGGUCGGGUCCACGGGGCCGGGGCCGGGGGCGUACAACGUGUGA